AUACAGGCCGUGAUUGCAGUUCUCUUAGCAUUGCUGGCUUCGGCCUACACUUUCCGCCAAUACGCGCACUUGGACUGGGUUCUUGGCCCCUUAAUAUCGCGCAUCUCGUGGUGGUGGCACAUUUACCUGCGUAACUCGCCUCAUGACGGUCGCAGGCUCUCAGAGCUUCAUGCGAGAUAUGGAAGAAUCGUGCGUCUAGGAACAAAUCGGAUCAGUGUCUCGGAUCCGGCAAUCAUUGCUCAGCUAUACCAAUUCCUGGAAUACGAGGGUAUCAACGAUAGCUCAACACAAGAGCUCCUCGACGCACUCAAAAGAUAUCAAAGUAUCGAGCUGGUAGCCUCUCUCAAGAUAUUUGCCGCGACGCUCAUUGAUAAAUAUAUCUGCGACCCAGCGUCAAACGCAGCUCAGACACAGACCCAAGCAAUAAACGCCCGCUCGCUUCCCGACAAACCAUCGAUGGUAGAGUACAUACUUUUCCAGAGCCCUGUAUCGUCACUGAAAAGGUACCGAGGUCGGCAGCUUACACAGUGUUCAAUGAUGCCCGUCCAUGCCCUCACGACACCUGCUGGCCUCCACAAACCUAACCUAGACAGCCCCAACAUCCUUAACGACAACACCCUGGCGAGCGACGAGCUUACAACCGAAACUGAAUCCCUCAUCACAGCCUUUGCCUCCGUCUUCUCACAUCUGCUCCAAUACCCCGAAAGGCUGACUACCCUGCAAUACGAGAUCGAUUCAGCCUACAAUACUGGAUCACUCUCCUCCACUCCACGCUGGAGGGAACUAUCACGCCUUCCCUACCUCUGCGCCGUGAUGAAAGAGUCGAUGCGCCUAACCUGCACCGCGGACAGUGAGAAGGAGUUCCCAGCCUCAGCGGUCUCGGGCAAUCUGCGAUCGGAAUUCAUCUUCCCAAGUGGUACGAUCGUCACCUGCAACGCCUACGUCGCGCAUUUCAAUGACACAAUCUACGGAGACGACGCAUACGCCUUCCGCCCGGAGCGAUGGCUCAUUGCCAGCGUGCCGCAGCGGAAGCUCAUGGAUCGAGCCAUCCUACUCUUUCAUCCGGGUCUACACACCAAUCCAAAGCUCCGCGCCGCCUGGCUGGAACUGAAGAAGGUGGUUGUGCAGAUUUUGCUCAACUUCAACGUGAGU